GGGUCCAUUCUAAUGGAUGACGUCCAGUGUCUAGGUACUGAGAAUACCCUCAGCAGCUGUACUCAUAUCUCAACUCAUAACUGUGGACACAGCGAAGACGCUGGAGUCACCUGCCUAACUACUUCAAUCCGUCUUGCUGGUGGUGCCAACAGUUAUGAAGGAAGGGUUGAGGUAUUUGUUAACGGACACUGGGGCACUGUCUGUGAUGAUGGUUUUAAUGAUAUUGAUGCGUCAGUGGUGUGUAGGGAGCUUGGGCUAUCUGACAGGGGUAUUGCUAGGGGGUCUGCAUAUUUUGGUGAGGGUUCUGGUUCAAUAUUGAUGGAUGAUGUGGCCUGUACCGGGUCCGAAUUGAACUUGGCCACUUGUUCCCACACCAGUAGCCAUAACUGCGGCCAUUAUGAGGACGUCGGCGUGGUUUGUGCUCCACAAUUACGUCUUGUUGGGGGCAGCAGUUAUCGUGAAGGAAGAGUUGAGCUGUUUAUUGGAGGAGCAUGGGGUACUGUCUGUGAUGAUAGCUGGGAUAACAUUGAUGCCACAGUUGUGUGUAGACAGCUAGGACUAUCUGAUGGUAUUGCUCGUGGUUCUGCUUAUUUUGGUGAGGGUACUGGGUCCAUAUUGAUUGACGACGUCGCCUGUUCUGGGACAGAGUCCUUCCUCACCAGCUGUUCUCACAUUACCACUCACAACUGCGGCCACUCUGAGGAUGCUGGAGUAUCCUGCUCCUCUCCAAUACGCCUUGUUGGUGGAGCCAGCAGUUAUGAAGGAAGGCUUGAAGUAUAUAUGAAUGGAGCCUGGGGCACUGUCUGUGAUGAUGGUUUUAAUGAUAUUGAUGCCUCAGUGGUGUGUAGGGAGCUUGGACUAUCUGAUGGAGGGACAGCUAGAGGCUCUGCCUAUUUUGGACGGGGUACAGGGUCGAUUCUGAUGGACGAUGUGUCCUGUACUGGAUCAGAACUAAACAUUACCAGCUGUUCUUACACCAGCAAUCAUAACUGUGGUCACUCAGAAGAUGUUGGAGUGGUUUGUAUACAGUCCUUGCGUCUUGUUGGGGGAUCUCACGAUUAUGAAGGACGUGUUGAAGUAUACGUUAAUGGAGAAUGGGGUACUGUCUGUGACGAUGGCUGGGAUGAUACUGACGCUGGAGUA